AUGUCCGAAAUCACUCAUCCUACAAUUAAAGAUGGCUGGUUCCGAGAAAUCUCGGACAUGUGGCCAGGCCAAGCCAUGAUCCUCAAGGUCAACCAAGUCCUUCACCAUGAGAAAUCCAAAUAUCAAGACGUCCUGGUCUUCGAAAGCAGUGAUCAUGGCACAGUCCUGGUCCUUGACAACGUUAUCCAAUGCACCGAGCGGGACGAGUUUUCUUAUCAAGAGAUGAUUACACAUUUGGCCAUGAACUCUCACCCGGACCCAAAGAAGGUCCUUGUCAUUGGAGGUGGUGAUGGAGGCGUUUUGCGGGAGGUCGUCAAGCAUGAAUCAGUGGAGAAGGCUAUUCUCUGCGACAUUGACGAGGCGGUCAUCCGCGUCAGCAAGAAAUACCUUCCUGGAAUGUCCAUUGGAUUCCAACACCCGGCAGUCGAGACCUUCAUUGGAGAUGGCUUCAAAUUCCUGGCAGACCGCAAGAACGAAUUCGACGUCAUUAUCACUGAUAGCAGUGAUCCCGAAGGUCCUGCAGAGACCCUUUUCCAGAAGCCUUACUUUGAGCUGCUCUAUGGAGCUCUGAAAGACGGUGGUGUCAUAACUACCCAAGGUUCCGAGAACCAAUGGCUCCAUUUGCCUCUGAUCACCAAGUUGAAGAAGGAGUGCAAAGAAGUUUUCCCAGUAGCAGAAUAUGCCUACACCACGAUCCCGACCUACCCCUCGGGCCAGAUUGGUUUUAUGGUCUGCUGCAAGGACGCCAACCGCAACGUCAAGGAACCAUUGCGAUCUUGGAGCCCCGAGGAAGAAGAGAAACUGUGCAAGUACUACAACAAAGAGAUCCACCGAGCGAGUUUCAUCCUUCCCACGUUCGCUCGGAAGGCAUUGAAGUAA